GGCAGCCAAGGCAUGCAACACAGCAUAUGGAAAUGGAAUGAUGGCUAUAUGAUUCAUGGAUGGAUCCAUGGACAUAUGGUGGACGCGAUCCCCCUAAUUUCACUCGAUAGGAUCCAUCCAUCAUCCCUCUGCUGUCUUUGCCUUUGCCUUUGCCUUUGCCUUGCUGGGCAGGCGGAAAAAGGUACCCCAACCCCCACUAUAUAAGUGCGUGCCUUUCCUCCCCUGUCACCAGCUUCUCCUUCCCUUCUCUUUCCUCAUCAUCGUCUUCCUCCUCUCGUCCUCUUCCUUCUAGCUACCACUAGCAGCAAAGCCAGGCAAACUAAUAAGUUGGGAGUGAGUGUGUGUUGAAGAGGAUCUCGAUUGAUCAUCGAUCGAGAAGAAGCGAGCUUAUUAUUAGAGAGAUCGACACACACUAGCAGUCUAGCACCUGCACGGGGAAAGAAUUAAAGAACAAAGAAGAGCAAGGAUCAAGCUAAGAUCAUCAAUGAGCAUCUCGGUGAACGGGCAGUCGUGCGUGCCGCCGGGGUUCCGGUUCCACCCGACGGAGGAGGAGCUGCUCAACUACUACCUCCGCAAGAAGGUGGCCUCCCAGGAGAUCGACCUCGACGUCAUCCGCGACGUCGACCUCAACAAGCUCGAGCCAUGGGACAUCCAAGAGAAAUGCAAGAUCGGGUCGGGCCCCCAGAACGACUGGUACUUCUUCAGCCACAAGGACAAGAAGUACCCGACGGGGACGCGCACGAACCGCGCCACGGCGGCCGGAUUCUGGAAGGCCACCGGCCGCGACAAGGCCAUCUACAACGCCGUCAAGCGCAUCGGCAUGCGCAAGACGCUCGUCUUCUACAAGGGCCGCGCGCCGCACGGCCAGAAAUCAGACUGGAUUAUGCAUGAGUACCGCCUCGACGACCCUGCCGCCUCCGGCGAUGCCGCCGCCGCCGCUACCGCUGCCGCUGCCGCCACGGUCGCCGCUGCGGCUGCGUCGUCGGACGGUGGGCAGGAGGACGGCUGGGUGGUGUGCAGGGUGUUCAAGAAGAAGCACCACCACAAGGAGUCAUCAGGCGGAGGCGGGGGCAGCAAGCACGGCGGCAGUAACAACGAGCACGGGCACGGCGGCGGCAAGGCGGCGGCGGCUGCUGCGGCGGCGGCGCACCAGCACCACGGCGGUCUGCAGUACUCCUCCAGCGACGACGCGCUGGACCAGAUCCUGCAGUACAUGGGCAGGUCGUGCAAGCAGGAGCACGAGCUGCUGUCGCCGCCGCCGCCGGGGCGUGCGGCGUCCAGGUACCUCCGGCCCAUCGAGACCGUGCUGGGCGGGCACGGGUUCAUGAAGCUGCCCCCGCUCGAGAGCCCGUCGGCCGCGGCGGCGAUGACCCCGCAAGCCGUCUCAGGCGACGCCGGGGUCGUCGACGACCUCCUCGGCCUCCACCGCGGCGGGAUUGGGAACGGGAUCACGGACUGGGCCAUGAUGGACCGGCUGGUGGCGUCGCACCUCAACGGGCAGGAGGCGCCCGACGUCGCGCCCGCCGCGGACCAGCUCGGCAGCUGCUUCGACGACGCCACCGGCGCCGACGACGCGGACGCCGCCGGCCUCGCCUUCUACUCGGCCGCCGCCAACAGGCUGCUCGUCGGAUCCGCCGGCUCCAGCGGCGCCGGCAGCGACGACGACCUGUGGAGCUUCACGCGGUCGUCGGCCGCGGCCGCGGCCGCAACGUCGACAGAGCGGCUCAGCCACGUCUCACUGUAGACGACGCGCGCCCGGCCGGCCGUCGUCGUCGCCUUACUAUGUACGUACGUCGAUCGUCGUAAAGCCCCCUACGUGAUGACAUGGCCAGCAUGCCCCUGGUACAGUAGUAAACAAGAGACAACUACACCAACAGCAGCAGCAGCAAGAAGACAGAGGAAAAUUAAAAAUAAAAGAAAGAUAUCUAGAGAGAGAGAGAGAGAUUAUUCAAAGGUGAUUAGAGUGAUGAGAGAGAGUGAAAGGAGACGGAAAGAAUGGCCGAUAGAUUGCUGAUCGAUUAAAAGCUGGCUGGCAGUAAGUUGGAGUGGCACUGUCACUCAAACGCCACAACAUACAUGAUCUCGCUCCUCCUCGAUCUCGCCCUGUUUAAUUAACCCCCCCGGCCCGAUUGUUGUUGUUAUAUUAUAAUCACAACAUUUACUA